GCAGCCGCGGGGUACCCAGGCCGAAGUCCUUAAGUACUUAGGGUGACAGACUGUCUCUGGACAGACGGUUGGUCCAGCUGGACAGGCCCUCCGUGCAAGCGUCGUGGUUGCCAGCACGUUUCAGGAGCCCUGUGCUGGUAAAGAGAACUGUAAGAAUCCCCGACGAAAGAGGUGAAGUGUCCGGUGAAAGGAGCAGGUGCAAUUUGGGCUGAGGAGAAAGAGGUCUGGUCCAGAGUGAGCACCUUUGAUACCAUCCCAGACUGGAGACACCUCCUCAGUCCCGUUAACUGGUUACAGGUGACUACCUGAACUUCCCAGCUGCAGAAUAUGUAGAACCUUGAAAGGUUGGCAAUGAUGAAUAAACUGGAAUUAAAGGAAGACAAGAUGCUGGAGGUUCAGUUUGUGGGAGAUGAUGAUGUUCUUAAUCACAUUCUUGAUAGAGAAGGAGGAGCUAAAUUUAAAAAGGAACGACCUCAGCUUUUGGUCAACACAAAAAAAAUAAUAAAGAAGCCAGAAUAUGAUUUGGAGGAAGAUGACCAGGAAGUCCUUAAAGAUCAGAACUAUGUGGAAGUUUUAGGACAAGAUGUUCAAGAGUCCUUAAAAAAUGGAUCUGCUAUAGAUGGUGGGAAUAAAGUUUAUUCUUUUCAGAAUAGAAAACACUCUGAAAAGAUGGCUAAAUUAGCUUCAGAACUAGCAAAAACACCAAGAAAAGGUGCUGCAUCGAAUUUGAAGAAUGAUCCAGAAAUUAUGAUAAACAUUCCUCAAAGUAGCAAGGAACAUUCUGCUUCAGACGAAGUUCAGUUGAAGAACAAUGACAAAAGUGAAUUUCUGUCAACAGCACCUCGUGGUUUAAGGAAAAGAUUAAUAGUUACAAGGUCUUAUUCUGACAGUGAAAGUGAAUAUUCCACUUCCAAUUCAGAGGAUGAUGAAGAGGUUGCACAAGAAUAUGAAGAGGACACCAGUGAAGUCAUAUUGAGCAAAAAGAUUCAAGCUCAUAAACAAAUAGUUUCAGCUCCCAUUUGCAAAGAAACACCUUGUAAGAAAAUAAAAAGAGAUAAAACAAGUGACUUAGUAGAAGAAUAUUUUGAAGCUCACAGCAGCUCAAAAGUUUUAACUUCUGAUAGAACACUGCAGAAACUAAAGAGAGCUAAACUGGAUCAGGAAACUUUGCAUAACUUACUAAGCAAGGUUUCACCUUCCUUUUCUGCUGAACUAAAACAACUAAAUCAACAAUAUGAACAAUUAUUUCAUAAGUGGAUGUUGCAGUUACACCUGGGCUUCAACAUUGUGCUUUAUGGUUUGGGUUCAAAGAGAGAUUUAUUAGAAAGAUUUCGAACCACCAUGCUGCAGGAUUCCGUUCAUAUUGUCAUCAAUGGCUUCUUUCCUGGAAUCAGUGUGAAAUCAAUCCUAAAUUCUAUAACAGAAGAAGUCCUUGAUCAUAUGGGUACUUUCCGCAGUGUACUGGAUCAGCUAGACUGGAUAAUAAACAAAUUUAAAGAAGAUUCUUCUUUAGAGCUCUUUCUUCUCAUUCACAAUUUGGAUAGCCAAACAUUGAGAGGAGACAAAAGCCAGCAAAUUAUUGGACAGUUGUCAUCUUUACGUAACAUAUACCUUAUAACAUCUAUUGAUCACCUCAAUGCUCCUCUCAUGUGGGAUCAUGCGAAGCAGAGUCUUUAUAACUGGCUCUGGUAUGAAACUACUACAUAUAGUCAUUAUACUGAAGAAACCUCCUAUGAGAAUUCUCUUCUGGUUAAGCAAUCUGGAUCCUUACCACUUAGUUCCCUUAUUCAUGUCUUACGAAGCCUUACCCCUAAUGCAAGGGGGAUUUUCAGGCUACUAAUAAAGUAUCAGCUGGAUAACCAGGAUAAUGCUUCUUACAUUGGACUUUCUUUUCAAGAUUUUUACCAGAAGUGUCGGGAGGCAUUCCUUGUCAACAGUGAUCUGACACUUCGGGCCCAGUUAACUGAGUUUAGGGACCACAAGCUUAUAAGAACAAAGAAGGGAACUGAUGGAGUGGAAUAUUUGUUAAUUCCUGUUGACAAUGGAACAUUGACUGAUUUCCUGGAAAAGGAAGAAGAGGAAUCUUGAAGCUAUCCUUCAGUCUUGAAUCUUCUGUGGAAGGGUUGUACCUCGGCUGCCACUCCUCUAGUCUAAAGUGUUGUGUUUACAUUCAACAUUAGACUCUUUUUCCAGUGUACAAAAUUUAAAAUUGGGAGGGGGGAAUGUCAUCAGUUAGAAACUUGAUUAGCCUGGCUGGUGUACCAUCUCUAGUACUAUGCAGUAAUUCUCAAGUUGGGAGAAAAUGUGCCUUUCUUUCAUUACCUCUCCAGAGACUUCUUGCAAGAAUGAACAGUGUGCUCAGGGACUAUUUGGAACUGGAUGCUUUUGAAUUAUUUUAUACUAGAGAUGAUAUCCCUAAUUUUUUGAGGGUCUUUUAAAUACUCCUGGAGCUGAUUAUUUGUGAAUGUACUUGUUCCAGAGUGUGGAAGUACAAAAGCAUUGGCAUCACAUAAUCUGCUUUAUUUGCUGUUCUCUGUGUCAGAGUUGAUGAGUGUAAUGGAGGCAAAGAUCAUCUCUUAUGACUUCAGAAAUGGCUUAACAAAAGAUGUAAGUUUGGGGAAAAGGUAGGCGAUCCAGCUUUCUCCUUUAGGCUACAAACUGGUUGGGGGAGAGGGAGCAUGACACUAUUCAGUUGGGAUAGUGAGAAAAUCCUAACAAGUACAGAGGGUGUAUACCCACUCUAGAAAGCACACAAACAAUAAUGGAUCUACCAUGAUAUUCAGAACUGUUCUGUGUCAUCACCUUAAUAAUACAAGGGAGAAGCCAGGCUAGAAAACUACAAUCCUAAAUUACAUUUUAGUCAUUUUCAAUACAUUGGAAAAUAAAAAUUUAUUCUUGUA